AUGCAGUAUCUCGGAAGAUCCGAACUCUAUGCCACAGUCAGAGCGAACAUCAGAUAUCUCAACUCCCAACAACUUUUGGAACAAAUAGGUCAACGUAUCAACGUCACCGAAUUCGAUUCUCGUAUGCUCACCGCGCUAGGCGAAACAUACAGAGAAAAGGCAGAAUUCAUCGCCAAGGAUCUAACCUUCACUCCAGGACCAGUAACGGACUCCCUAUCAGUUCCAAAAGCCCAACAAGUAUUACAAGCAUUCAUGGGAGCUCUGCCAGCAAGAGAGAAAAAGGAAACAGUAAACUCUGAUUUACUCAACGAAGCAAAGGAUCUAGCUAGGAAUCUACUAUCAUUGAAAAUGGAACGAUUCAACGCAGAAUUAGCCAACACAGAUGACGCCCGUUUCGAAAAACUGAAUCUAGUACCGGACAACAUCCAGUUCGAUAUCUUAACUCGAAGCACCGAAUCAAAUUACGGAAUGAAUUACACUCCAGAUCCAUCUUUCACGUCACCAGAUCAAGUAUCUCGGAAAACGCUUCUCCGAGUAUU